AAUAUAUUCGUAACCAAGAGAUAACUCAUGGCUUCCUUAAUCCAUACAAUAAAUUUCAACAAACAGAUAACUUAUCGCAACCCGAUGAAGAACAUAAUUAAAAUAAAGUAACUCAGUUGUUCUUUAAAUCUUAACCUGCAAGGUUGCCCGAUUUAACAAUGUCCACCACAUUCUCAUACCCAGAACCGAAGCUCCAAGAGGAGUUGAAGAGGACUGCUGAAGCUAUCGUCACUCCAGGGAAGGGCAUUCUCGCAGUGGACGAAACUAAUGAGGGCAUCGGUAAGCUGCUAGCAGGAAUUGGACUACAAAACACAGAAAAUAACAGGAGACGAUACCGCCAGCUGCUUUUCACCGCGGAUAAAGCAUUAUCAGACAAUGUAUCCGCUGUCAUACUCUUUGAUGAAACCGUUUAUCAGAAGACAGACGACGGUACGCCCUUCAUAGAAGUGUUGAAGAAGAAGAAUAUUAUACCAGGAAUCAAGCUGGAUAAGGAUGUAGUACCUCUAUUCUUGUCUGAAGAUGAAGUCACAACUCAAGGUCUUGACGAUUUAGGGAAACGAUGCGCAGAAUACAAGAAACAAGGGUGUAGGUUUGCAAAAUGGCGUUGCCCUUUAAAGAUUGGUGAGCGGACACCAUCAGUUCAGGCUAUAGAAGAUAUGGCUCAUGUGUUGGCCAGAUACGCUUCUAUCUGCCAGAGUGAGGGGUUGGUGCCUAUUGUAGAACCUGAUGUUCUGUUAGACGGGAACCAUGACAUCGUAAGAGCCCAAAAAGUUACCGAAGUAGCGUUGGCAGCUCUCUACAAGGCUCUGAGUGACCAUCAUGUAUAUUUAGAAGGGACUCUUUUGAAACCCAACAUGGUUACCCCUGGCCAAGACUACCCCAAGAAGAGUACCCCUGAGGAAAUAGCAGUUGCGACAGUCACAGCGUUACUGAGAGGAGUCCCUGCGGCAGUUCCUGGUAUAACCUUCCUCUCUGGAGGCCAGUCUGAAGAAGAAGCCACCCUUAACCUGAACGCCAUCAACAGCGUCAAGUUGAAGAAACCCUGGGCUCUCACGUUCAGCUACGGCAGAGCUCUCCAGGCGUCAGUCUGGAAGACCUGGGCGGGGAAAGACGAGAACGUUAAGAAAGCUCAAGAGGAACUCCUGAAAAGAACGAAGGCUAACGGGCUAGCAGCUCAAGGUCUAUAUAAAGCUGGAGCAGUCAGAUCAGCUGCAGGCGACAAGUCCAACUUUAGCGAGAAUCAUAAAUAUUAAAUCGACUGCUUCCGACACUAUGCAACUCAUUUUGAAGAUCUAUUAUAUAUGCAUACUCGUAUUUUGAUAA